CGGCCGACAAUCAAAGCUUUGAUAUCAACCGCAAGGAAGAUUUACUUUGCAUUAUUGGGGGGGGGGGGGCAGAAUCAAUUUAAAUCCUCGCUUCUGCCAGAGUUCCCCCGUGGGUCCAUCCACACACCUCUCCCAUUUUCCCUUCUCAACCAUAUGGAAUAAUGAGGAGCGCGGCUUUCCUGCUCGGUCUCUUGCUCCUCUCCUCCGGAUUCCAGCCCACUUCCCCGGAGCGCCAGCGGCAGCAGCGCCGUGGAGGACCGGCCAGAGCGGCGGAGGGGCGCCCGCAGAGCAAAGCGGCCAAGGUUGGACAGACCUACAGCUCGCGUCUCAAGCGCAAGGGGCUGGCAGUGGACUUCACCUUCUCGCCCUUCUUCCGCAACUACCUGUUACAGUUCUUCGGCAGGGCGAGGAGCGCCGACUGCCGCCUGGAACUGGACUGCGAGGCGCUGAGGUCUUCCCUGGAGGGAUACCCCCGAGCCUGGGGUGACAGCGUCCCGGACUCGCCCUCACCCCCUCCCUCGCCACUGUCCAAGCGGAGGUCGAAGAAGCAGCCCAACCAGGUGGUGCUGGAGGUGGGUUGGGCAGACACCGUCCGCUGCGGGCGCGACCCUGCUUCUACCCUGAUGGUAUACAACUUGACGGAAGUCUUCCUGCGCUGGUCCGUCUCGACCGAGGGUAGGCUGAGGAUCAGACUCAUGCCGGAGAGGAAAGCGGUAGCCAGUUACCCCAGGAGAGAGGAGAUCAUCUCAGCCGCCAUCAGAGGCUCCGAGCCGCGAGUUUGGCUUCGGGUCUCCUUUGCAGCUUCUGGAGCUCCACAAUUAGAAGAAAACAGCGAGAUUGCAAAUAAUGACCUGACUACUUGGAAUUUCACUUGGCUGUUAAAGGAUGAGACACCUUUGUCUACAUAUCAAAGACCACAUGAGUUCUACUGCGAUUUUGAGACAGAGUGCGAGUUGGAGUAUUCCUCUGAUGGUGACAAUGGAUUAUCAGGUUGGAUGACUUUGACACCUCAUGAUCUUGCCCUGAACACUGAUACUGCUGUACCAGAUCACGAUUACUCGGAGAAGUCAAGUGAAGGACACUUUCUUUUUCUGAACGCAUCAGGGUUUACAACUUUCACGUUAUUGAGUCCAUGGCUGAAGAGCACCAGUGAGUCCUGCACCUUGAGCAUAGCUGUUUACCUGCAGGCUUCAAGGUUAGGGGACUAUGUCAUUCAACUCCUUGAUGGAAAUGAAAGCAAGACUCCUAUCCUGUCAACAGAGAAUGUGGCAAGAUCUGGGAACAGCUGGACACUGCUUCAGGGGAGAGUGGGACGCUUGGAAGAUGGUUUCAGGAUCUCCUUGGCAUAUAAAGGAAACAGUCGAAGAAACUGGGAGAUAACGGCUUUGGACUCAGUUACCCUGAAAAACUGCCAUGAAGGUCCUCUGACAGGUUCUAGGACAACACUCGAGGGAACGUUCAGCUGUUGGAAUGGGGCAGCUAUUAAACUAAGGCAGCUCUGUGAUUUCAGCAUGGACUGCAGCAAAGCUGAAGAUGAAGGAGCAGUAUGCAGUAAUCUGCCAGUUGGCUCGCACUGUUCCUUCGAAGAAGGCGAUUGUGGGUGGUCGUCAAUGACAUCGGUGAUGUACGAACCAAGCUGGAAAGUGAAAGAAAGUCAUUCUACCGUUGAAGAAUUGGAGAGAAAAUCAUGUAGUUCAGAAGGUCAUUUUCUGUUCCUCAACACCAGAGAGACACAGACAACCGACUUCAAUGAGUUGAGAAGUAUGAUUUUUCCAUCUCCUAUUAGGAAUGCUCCCUGUGAGGUCCAUAUAUCUUUGUGUUUGUAUGGCACACUAAUGGGAAGCCUUUCCUUCUUGAUCGUGGAAAACAAAACUGAUGAGGAGUACGUCAGGAUGCUAUGGGAAUUUGGAAAUAUUACUGGUUCAGGGAGCUGGCAAAAGAUCACAUUGUCAUUACCUGAUGUGUCUGACAGGUUCUGGUUACAGCUGAACACCGCAUGGACUGAAGAAUCAAGUGCAGUCAUUGCACUGGAUAAUGUGACACUCAGUCUUGCCUGUUAUCUAACAAGUAGUGCAGACAACGCAUCCAGAAAUGAUUCUGCCAGUCCAAGCCAGCAUCUGUUAGGGCAAGCCUUUAUAAACAAAACUGUUGUGGCAGCCAGCAAGAAGACGCAAGAAGGAGCUCAAGUCAGUGGGUCAACAGGUCCAUGGAUCAUUACAACAUGUGGUGCCAGUGGGCCCAAAGGGCCAACACAAGCUCAAUGCAAUAAUGCUUACCGGAAUACAAAUACAUCUGUAGUGGUUGUGGCUGAAGGACGUUGGCAAGGAAUCCAAAAGUGGAGAGUGCCAUCAACUGACACAUAUAAGAUAUCUGCUUACGGAGCUGCUGGAGGCAUGGGGGGAAAGAGCAACUUUUGGAGAUUCCGUGGUGUGCUGGUACAAGCCACAUUCUACCUGGAGAAAGAUGUUAUUCUGUAUAUACUGGUUGGACAGCAGGGAGAAGAUGCCUGCCCCAGUGCAAAUCCCAUUAUCCAGAGUGUUUGCUUAGGAGAGAAUAAUGUGAUAGAAGAGGAGAUGAAAAGGAAUGGUAAUGUCACUGAAUGGGCUGGAGGUGGUGGAGGAGGAGGAGGAGCGACAUUUAUUUUCAAGAUGGACAAGGGGAAACCAGUCCCACUAGUGAUAGCAGCAGGUGGAGGCGGCAAAGCCUAUCUGAGUAAGGAUUCCAGUUUCCCAGAAGAGAUGUUGGAAACUGAUUCUUCUGUUCCUGGAGUGAAUGGCAGAUCAGGUGCUGCGGGAGGUGGUGGAGGGUGGAGUGAUUCCACCAACCCAAUGUGGUCGGGCAAAUCUCUGACUGAAGGUGGUGAAGGUGGACAAUCCUGUCCGCAGGCCAUUAAGAAAUGGGGCUGGAUAACAAGAGGAGGCUUUGGAGGAGGAGGUGGGGCUUGCACAGCAGGAGGAGGUGGUGGGGGCUAUAUAGGUGGAAAUGCGUCUGACGGUAAUCAUCCAGAAAAAGAUGGUGCCUGUGGUGUUUCUUACAUUAGUCCAUUUGGUGAAUUGUACACACCAGCACUGGCAGUGACAGAAAGCCACGGGGAGGUUGAAAUUGUGCUGCAUUUAAAUUGCACCCACUGUGAACAUAAUGAGUGUAUAUUUGACUAUAUCAAAGAAGAACUUGUCUGCAUGUGCGAAUCAGGAAAAAUUCUGGCUUCAGACAGUGUUACCUGCAUUUUGCCCCCGGACAAUCACCUGCCAUUUUCUCUUGUGCUUUCUGUUGUGUUGUCGGUCGUGGUAGCUGCUCUGCUGCUUGCCUUCUCAGGAAUCAUGAUCGUGUACAGACUCAAGCACCAAGAGCUGCAAGCCAUGCAGAUGGAACUGCAGAGUCCUGAUUACAAACUCAGCAAACUGCGAACUUCCACCAUUAUGACUGACUACAAUCCCAACUACUGCUUUGCUGGGAAAACUACUUCCAUCAGCGAUCUCAAAGAGGUUCCCCGGAAAAACAUACUGCUCAUACGUGGCCUGGGCCAUGGAGCCUUCGGUGAAGUAUAUGAAGGCCAGGUUACAGGGAUUCCUGGUGAACCCAACCCUCUGCAGGUUGCUGUCAAGACACUGCCUGAAGUUUGCUCUGAGCAGGAUGAGCUGGAUUUCUUGAUGGAAGCACUGAUAAUCAGUAAGUUCUGCCAUCAAAACAUUGUGCGAUGUAUAGGAGUCAGCCUGCAGGCUCUCCCUCGCUUCAUUCUGCUGGAGCUGAUGACAGGGGGAGACAUGAAAUCCUUUCUUCGAGAAUACCGACCUAAACCAGGGCAGCCAUCAACUCUCAGCAUGCUGGACUUGCUGAAUGUGGCUCGUGACAUUGCUCGGGGCUGCCAGUAUUUGGAGGAAAACCACUUCAUUCAUCGGGAUAUAGCUGCAAGAAAUUGCCUGCUUACUUUCAAAGGUUCAGGAAGAGUGGCUAAGAUUGGAGAUUUUGGAAUGGCUCGUGAUAUAUACAGGGCGAGUUAUUACAGGAAGGGUGGCCGUGCUAUGCUCCCAGUGAAGUGGAUGCCACCAGAAGCCUUCAUGGAAGGAAUAUUUACCUCAAAAACCGACACCUGGUCCUUUGGAGUGUUACUGUGGGAAAUCUUUUCACUCGGGUAUAUGCCAUAUCCCAGUAAGAGUAACCAAGAGGUGCUGGAGUUUGUCACUAACGGUGGCCGAAUGGACCCGCCUAAAAACUGCCCUGGUCCAGUGUACCGAAUAAUGACUCAGUGUUGGCAGCAUCAGCCAGAGGACAGACCCAACUUUGCAACUAUAUUGGAAAGAAUAGAUUACUGUACACAGGAUCCAGAUGUAAUUAAUACCUCUUUGCCUGUGGAAUACGGACCUGCUGCAGAAGAAGAAGGAAAUGUACCUGUACGCCCAGAUGAUCCUGAUGGAUUGGCACCACUUCUCGUUUCACCAGCCCAAGAAGCAGAGAAUGAGCACGUCUCUACUGAUCCUUCCUCACCACCCCAGCGUCCAACCAGCCUCUGCCUCGGUGACCAUAGGAUCAGAUUUGUUCCAAGUGAUACUGCCACUGUGCAUACUGGAGGUUCAGCUGACGAGGGGCCUCGCAUCGCCAGGGCAUACUCCAAAAUGAACAACUCUUCUACGUUACAACAAGGUAGAGGGUCCCGCAAAAAACCCACCAACCUCUGGAACCCCACAUAUGGGUCAUGGUUCACAGAAAAGCCUGUUGUGCAAAACAACAACACUUUGACUGAGAGUCGACCACCAGAAAGAGAAGACUCCAGUUUCUGUGCCAGUGGCAGCGUCUCUUCUGCUCCCAUCCCAGCACCAAGGCUGCAGGCUUCUGCAGUUGUGCUAGAACCUUCUUCCCUUGUUGCCAAUACAUUGGAUGUGCCUCUGUUCCGGCUGCACCAAUUCCCCUGUGGGAAUGUGAGUUAUGCAUACCAACAGCAGCAGAACCACCAGCAAGGACUGUCUUCUGAAGCUACAUCUGCUUGUGCUUCCUGUAAGGAAGGUUACAACUCACAUGUUAAUAAGGGCUUACCUGCCCAACAGGACCCACGUGUUCACCCUGUUGCCAAUAUACCCACCUGGGACUCGGGACUCUCUCUUGCAGAGGACGUAAAUGUUACUAUACUGUAAAAGAGAUAAAGGUGGUUUUAUUUAGGCAAGACUUACACCAAAUAGAAGCAGCAACAAGUACCAUUUGGCUCACAGGACUAGCACAGGUUCUUGUUUUAAUUCCAAAAUAAAAUGCAAGACACAUUUGGAUCUGAAGUAAGCUCCAAUGCAGCUCAUGCAUUUGAAGGUACCAAGCUUGUGUACUGUACUGGCAAAUUUGUGCUGAAGUUAUAGCUAUAAGAGACUCUUCAGCACCUGCUGAAUUAAUUUAUAUGACUUUUGAACUAAAGUAGUGUUUUUAAGUAAAGUUGCACAACAAGCUAAACCUGCAACACUGAAUUCUUCAUUCUUUUAUAUUUGCUGGCUUUCAUUCCUCUGCCUACCACCAACUCUCAGCAGCUGCAACAUCUAAGGAAGGAAAUGAUCAGGCAUUAACUCUAUGAGGGGCAUUGUGAUCUCAAAAUGAAGAAAAUGCUUUUAUUUAUAGGGUACCUUUCAUAAUCACAACGUCUCAAAGUACUUAACGGCAAUUUUGAAGGGUGGCCACUUUAACAAUGGACCAAAACCAAUAUGAAAAGUUAUUCAUGCAAAAUAUGAGGGAGAACAGAGAUUUAGCACUCUCCAUGUAAUGUUAGGACCUCAAUCAUGGUUGAUAUUUGCUCUUGAUCAAUCAGCAGAAACAAUGGAUGGAUGCUUAAUCUGCACACAAAUGACAGGCAGGCACCCUCACACUACACUAGAGGUGAAAUCAAGAUGCCCACUCGACCCAAAAUGCUGCAAUAUACUGUGGGAGGGUGCUACUUCUCCCCAGGAAAGCAGUAAGCAUUUCACCUCAGCUCAGGUUGUAAGUGAGUGCAUGUAAGUUUAAAAUAAAAAUGAUUUUUAUCUUCAGGGGUUUAUGCCUUUUUUUCUGAUUCAGACCUCUAAGAUAAUUCCAUAAGUACUGAGAACAAAGUUACUACAAAUCAGCAGACUAUGAAUACAAGUUUUCUGUGAGAUUGGGGUUGUAGCAACUGCCUGAAUGUGGAUAUCACCACUUUGUUCCCAGUCCUAACUCUCUGUAUUUCACUGGACUGAAAGGGAUGGAUGGAGACUCAGACCAGGAGCGUAGGGGAACUAAGACACUAGCCCUGUAUCUGGCCCAAAUCCAGGCCUAAUUACUGCACCUUCCGCUACAUGACUAUUACGUUAAGUGUGUAUUAGAAUGGUUAAGAAACUUCAUUCCAAUAUGACAAACAAGCAAAAGCUACUUGCCCAAACUGUUACCAAAAUGACCCCUAUUUAAGAUCAUGUUUGAUAAUUUAUUCAUCUUUCCAAAACAAAUUAAUUUCCAAUAUUAUACAUACAAAGCUAAGAAUUCUUCCAGUUCCCUACAAAUUCCUCAACUGUAGCAGUGGCUUGCACAAAUCAACCAUUAUAACAGACCUAUUUGUAAACUAAAAUAAAAGCAGAAAAUACAGAAAAUAUUCAGCAGAUCAGGCAGCAUCUGUGGAGAGAGAAAAAAAAAUGAAGUGGAAGGUCAUUAACCUGAACCUCUUUUUCUCUCUCAGCACAGAUGCUGCCUGAUUUGUUGUGUACACUUGCAUUGUUGGGGGUAUUUCCAAUGUCUAACACAACUGGUUUAAUUUUUCUUUUUUUGUUUAUAACUAAUUUUGACUUGCACUUCAUUUAUGGUGGAAUGUAACCUCUGAAUUAAAUUGCUGCUAAUUAGCCUAUCAUAAAGUACAUUAAUAUAAUCUUAUUACAGUUGUUUGUAUUGUUUCAGCAAGCACAGAACCUUGGAUUUGACUCGGUCACUAUUUUUAGAUUAUUAUAAUAUGGAAAUGUGGCUGUCUGAUUCUCCUUUACAUCCUUUUUCUAUAUUUACAUACAAGCACAUCAUUGUAAAGAUAUUUCAUUUUUACUCUUCAUUUUUGUGCUGCCUAAUACCCUACAGAUAUUAGUGAUUCAAAUAACAUAAUUACCUUUAUUGAAGACAUCCAUGCUGCUUUAUUGAAAAUUCCAUGCCUUUGAACUAGUGUUGACUCAAUUGCAAUCUAUUAAAAUCUUGAAGAUCUGCAUCAUCAAACAUUGGAGGCGAGAAAACCAGCCAGAAGAUUUCUGCUCGAAUGAGAAGAAAUUUCUUCACGCAAAAAGUAGAGAAUCUGCAAUUUUAAAAAUAGCUACGUAUUUUUUUAAAUUUUGGAACCAGUAGAAGACUGAAUGGUUUAUUCAAACUUCUUUAUCUGCUGUUUAUUAAAUUGACCUUUAUUUACCUUUAAGUUUCCUUCUGAGCAAGGAGGAUCAGCAAUGUAGCAGAGAUCCCAUCCCCAUAUUCCUGCAGUUACCUUGAGCCAAUAACCAUUCCAGCUUGUGCACCUACAGUGUCUUGUAAAAAUAUUCAGCCACCAACCCUUUCUUCACAUAAUUGA